UGAGUGACAAACUCGGUGACAACUGUCAGUAGCAGUCUGAAGGUCGAUAGUGGUGUUAUUUGAACCGACGAUUUAAUUUCUGUAAAAAUAUCUAAAAUGAAAAUUAAAUUUGAAACGUGGCCUGGAGCAUUUGACUCCCAAGAAGGAGUCCUCAGGAACGCCGGCGACCUUGAAAUCGCGCUACGAAUUUCAAGGUCGACGGUAUUUCUGAUGGUCCUGGUGCCUCAGUAAAAAUUAUAAAAGAAUUAUUGCGGGACGCAGGUCUUCCAAUGGUGCCGCAAUGUCUCUUUUAUUUCGGCCAGAGUGGAUCUGGGAAAUCCACCUCAAUAAAAGGGGCUGGUGGUAUCUUGGAGCGGUGGUUCGAUGACGUUGAUCACGCGGAAGUAAGCUCUAACUGGUGAUUGGAAUCCGAAUAGGGUCUGAGAUUGAGAUUAAACUAAGAGGAUGAGCUGGGUAGUAACAGCCCUAGGGGUUGCUUUAGCCAUUGUAGUCAUCGCUGGAGCAGCUUUCGCUUUUUACCGGAGAUAUUGUAUAAAUUGGAAAUGGGGUACGCGUAACAUCUGGAGUGUAUGCGAAGAAUGGAGACAGAGAUUGUCUUGGUUAUGGGCUCCACGAGAAGAGAAGGUAGGACUGGUGAAAGCUCAGCAUCCAACCGCCCAGACGAUUCCGGGACUUUAUCGACAGUCUGGUAAUACGUCUCAGCAUCUUUUACACAGCGAUAGUGAUCUUCGGUUGGAUGCUCAAGGAGCUUUUACACGAUUUGAAGCAGUAGAUCGAGAUCUUCAUCCUCCCUUGGGGGUCAAUUCAAGUAUGAUACCACCUCAGCCAUUGAGACCAGCACCCCAACCAAGGCCAACUGCACGACCUAGACCUUCUCCAUUGCAAACACACAGUGCAGCAGAGUAUUUACGAAUGCAAGAAUCAGGACCUGGGCCUUUGACACCACCACCAGUACCACGACCUACAGGUCCUCAUAAUCGAAAUGACCGAAACAUGGCACCAUCUGUUUUUGUAUUUCAAAAUGAAAUUCCAAAAACGUAUAGUCAGCAAAAUAAACAAUCUAUUAAUGGGCUGACUUCAUUACACUUAAAUUCACAUACUAAAUCUGUACCUGAGAGUAUUCAAACGACAGCUUAUUCUGUCAAUAAUCAAUCACACGUUAAGUUGAGCUUUGAAUCUCAUUGUGAUAGCUUAGAUAACUUAGAAGAAAGAAUCAAAGAUACAUAUUUCAGUAGAAUUAAUCGAGAGGCUCCAUAUAGACCUUAUGAUCUUAUCGAAGACACGGCUAAGCUAAAAUAUGGAGUUCCAUCUUCUCAGCUCAAUGAACGUGGCAUAAAAAAAAACUCUGAAAAUCUUCGCUCUAUUUCAAGUUAUCCUGAUUACAAGACUUCGACUCAAAAACAACACCAACAACAGCAGCAGCAACAAGAACAACAAGUACAACAACAACAACAACAACAGCAAGUAGAACAACAACAACAACAACAAGUAGAACAACAACAAGUAGAACAACAACAACAACAACAACAGCAGCUGCAGCAACAACAAGUACAACAACAACAGCUACAGCAACAGCAGCAACAGCAACAACAACAACAACAACAACACCAAAUACGGCAACACGUAAGAAACGACUCGAGGGGUUCAUUUAGCAGCUUCAAUUUUACCAACUCCAAUUCAACGACUCAAACAAUUAUGGAGUCGAUAUAUGGAUCUGAAACAAUUUCAAAGUUACUCCAAAAUUCACAGAUAUAUCCACAUAAUCUUGGAGAAAAAGAUGAAAUGAUGCAAAGUAUUGAAAUGACGCCAUUUAAAAAUGCAAAUAUUUUCUCAGAUGAUCUUAAUUAUGGCAUUCAUGGAAAUUCUAAAAUCCAGGGCCUGCAGAGAGUAUCACAGUAUAUACAGAGCUUACCAGAUAAUCCUAUUUAUGAUUCGUUGAGUGAUCAAACACAUGAUGACCUUACAGAAGACGAUGGAGUCCUUACACCGGGUGACACUGAUACACCAAGUCCUGUUCCUCCACCGGCACCACCAGAUCCUUCAAAUCACGAUUCACAUCGAAAAAGUAGUCCUACUACUGGCGAAAGAAUAUUCAGUGCACUUAGAUCUGUUACUUCUCAAAGUUAUAUUGAUGCGUCAGAAUUUUACAAUUCCGUGCUUUCAUCAGCUCAGCAAGUUCCAACGCUAUCUUUUCCCACAAUUAGGCGAUCGAGUCUUCAGUUAGAAAAAAGUGGUACGGUAAAUGGUAUGCAAGAUGAAGUUUCGAAUCUCUACAUCAAUGGUGAAUCCGCGGCGAUUAGUAUUGAUUGCUCGAGGCGAACAUCCGACCUUUACAGCCCCGAGCUUAAUUUGGAAGCUCACCGGACCGCACAAGAGGUAUACAACAGCCUUCAGGAUCCCCCGGCAUCACCGCUGCUUUUAAAAGACCUUAGCCAGGAGCCCUAUCCCUACAUGUCUGAUCCAAGUUUUACGAGAACCUCGGAGGAUAUAUUUAAUAGCUUGGAGCAGAGAAGGAAGAGUAUGGAAAGACUCAACGGGCUUCAUGAAUACGCUGAGAUGGAGGGCAUUGAUAACUUGAGAAGACGUAGCAGUCAAGAUCUCUAUAAUGCUCUUGAAGAAGUACAGUUGCAGAGAAGAUUAUCACAACAAUUAAUUGAAGAUUCGUAUGGAUAUUCAAACAUGGAUGUUGAAGGAAUAAGUUCGAAUAGCCGACGUAGUUCGCAAGGACCUGAACCUGAACCUCCACCUGAUGAAACAAACUUAAAGAGAGCGAUAAGUUGUGAAAGUGUUUGCUCAGAUACUAGUGUAAUACUUGGAGAUCUUGAAGAAGUUGCUGUUGUUGGACUCAUUUGCGUUGGUCUCGAGUACGAACGUUGGGGUGGACGUGGGGCUGAUAUUGAGGGUGAUCUUGUCGUUAGUGUUCUUGAAGCGAGAGACCUCAUUGCACCUGAUGGACGACCUGCUCAAGACACUCUUGCCAGAGUAUGCCUUCUGCCGGAUAGACAAACACAUGUACAAACCAGAAUUUAUAGAGGAUCACCUUCACCAAGUUAUCAGGAAAAAUUCUUAUUUCCCCUCGAUGGAGGUCCGCUAGGACGGACUAUAUUAGUAGAAAUAUUUUCUGUUGAAAUGCAUAUGGGUGGCGGAGCGUUUCUUAUUGGUGAAGCAUCAUUAAAAUUAGGACCUGCAGUAAGACCACCAGCAACAACGUGGCUGCCUCUUGUUUCUCCAGCUCUUCCAGUUCCUCAUUUAGGAGAACUCAUGUUUUCAUUAAGCUAUUUACCAACUGCCGAAAGGCUUACCUUAGUUGUUGUUAAAGCGAGAAAUCUGCAUACAAAUAAUCCAGUACCAGGAGAUUUAUUUGUUAAAGUAUAUCUGCUACAACAAGGAAAGAAAAUACAUAAGAAAAAAACUUCAACCAAGCGAGGUGAGAAAAGUCCAACUUUUAAUGAAGCCAUGAUUUUUAAUGUGCCUGCUCAUACUUUGCAGACAAUUCAAUUGAGACUGACGGUAGCUGAGUUAAAUUCCGAUCCUACAACAAAUACCAAAGCAUAUUCUGUAGGUCAUGUAAUCAUAGGUUCUAAUGCGACGGGAAAAUCAUUAACACACUGGAGACAAAUGUUAGCUGCUCUCAGACGUCCAGUUGCAAUGUGGCAUCCAUUGAGAAAAUAAUUUUAUUUAAUAAUAUUGUUAUUAAUUAUUAAAUUAAGAAUGAAAGUAAUGCAACAAACUCUAAUGAACUUCAAUUUGGGAUAAGUAAUUUUAUUAUUUUUUAUUCCAUGUGUAUUAUUGCCACGGUAAUUUUUAUUGCGAGAAAAAAAAAAUUGUUCGAUAAGUAAAAAUUUAAUAUCAGCUUGAAUAUAUACUUCUAUUGUCAUUUAAUGAUUCAUUCAAUUAAAAUCAUUAGUUCAUACUUCUGUAACAAAUAUCAAUCAUUCAUCGUUGCAGAAUAAAUCAUAAUAUUUUUAGUAAUUUUAGUUAUUUUUACUUUUACUACUAAAAAAGUUAUAUAAGAUAGUACUGUCAGUUUUUAAAUUUAUAUAUGAUAAUAAAAGAAUAUAAUUAAAUUUGUUUAUGAAUUUCAGAUCCAAUAAAAUAUGAUUUCAAAAGUAUGAAAACACAAAUUUUAUUGGUUCACUGUAACUCGUGAAAAAUUUAAUUCGAUUUUUUUCUUAACAUAACCUACAAAUACGCCGAAUUUCAUUAGAUUCAGAGUAAUUAUUCUAAACUGACAGUAUUAUCUCAAAUAGCAUGUUGCAAUACUUUGAUAUUUACUGCGUUUUACAGACCGAACAUAACUCCAUAAGAAUUUCCAAAUUAUUAAUGAUGAUAAUAAUUAUUAAUAACCUGUGUUAAAAAUGUUCGUUCCGAAUAUGUUUCAAAGACGUUCAUGACAAUGAACUUUCAAAAUUAAGACAAUUGUGUACUUAAAGUUGAACAUUGUUGGAACUUUGAAAAUCAUAAAUAGUUUGAUUUGACAAUUUUUUGAUUUUGAACAACAUUAAAAAAAAAGGGAAUCAAUUAGGAAUUAUGAAAAUUUACGACUUUUACCAGAACUAUUCAGGGAUGAGGCAAAAAAAAAAUAAAAAUGAUUUGAAAAUAUAUAUAAACAUUUUUUUUACUUUUAUUAGAACUUUUUGAGAAGGUCAGUUUUUUUUUUAUUUUUUUAAUUGUUCAAAAAUAGUCCAAAAAAUGAGUUAGUGGAACUAAUAUAAAUA